GUUGCAGCCUUCCCCGGCCCACUGAUCCUAAUAUGGAAUGCAGCAGGAAACCCAUGAUUUCCUGACACUCGGCAAGCUGGAGGAAGCAAGGGGAAACUCCAUUAAAAAGCUCAGCCUUCCUCCAUGUUAGAUGUGAAGUGGAAAAUGGGGACGAUUUAGCAAAAUUCCACCGUGUCUUCAGCCGGGGUGGAGAAGCAGGAGAGCAGAGUGAAACCCUCAAGCUGUUGAAAUUCCCAGACUUCCAGGAAGCCCGAGAAUUUGGUGAAAAUGAGGGUUUCUUAACUCAAACUGAUAGGGAAAAGGAACAGACCCUUUUACAAAUUCUCCCAAGUGUGUGUUACCUUUCUUUACCAGUAUGGUAAGCAAGAGGGCAUAUGCCAGCUGCCUCGGACGAGUCUGUACCAUCCCAGGGACUCAAAGUAAGGCAGAGUGAUCUGGAGCCUGCUGCUCGCUUCCCGCCGCUUCAUGGGCUUCGGGAGAAGCAGGAGAAGCAACAGCAGCAGCACAGUGAGAGCAGCUGGAGCCGCAAGAAUGAACUGCAAGGAGGGAAAUGACAGCAACUGUGGCUGUGGGGGCAACGAGGAGAAGAAGAUGCUGAAGUGCGUGGUGGUGGGGGACGGUGCUGUGGGGAAGACCUGUCUGCUGAUGAGCUACGCCAACGACGCCUUCCCAGAGGAGUACGUGCCCACUGUGUUUGACCACUAUGCAGUUACUGUGACAGUGGGAGGCAAGCAACACUUGCUCGGACUGUAUGACACCGCAGGACAGGAGGACUACAACCAGCUAAGGCCGCUCUCCUACCCCAACACCGACGUGUUUUUGAUCUGCUUCUCUGUCGUAAAUCCUGCCUCUUACCACAACGUCCAGGAGGAGUGGGUUCCGGAGCUGAAGGACUGCAUGCCUCACGUGCCUUACGUCCUCAUAGGGACCCAGAUUGAUCUCCGCGAUGACCCCAAAACCUUGGCCCGUUUGCUGUACAUGAAAGAGAAACCUCUCACCUACGAGCACGGUGUGAAGCUCGCUAAAGCGAUUGGAGCACAGUGCUACCUGGAAUGCUCGGCCCUGACUCAGAAAGGUCUCAAAGCGGUUUUUGAUGAAGCGAUCCUCACCAUUUUCCACCCCAAGAAAAAGAAGAAACACUGCUCCGAGUGUCACAGCUGCUGUUCGAUUAUCUGAGGUGGCUUGAGACCCGCCUCCACCCCAUCUGUGGGUGAGAAUGGCAGCCAACCUCUGCGACUGACCGAGCUCACGCCAAAAAGGGGGGCAUGACCAGAGAGGAAGUCCCUUCACUCCGAGGCUUGCUCCUCCACCCUGGGAGCCCCUGAAGCACAGCACCCCAGUCAGCCAACUGCCACGUCCUCCCUGCCAGCCGGAACAAUCCAUGUCGCGCACUCUAUGAGAGGCUGAGCCCAGAUUUCGGCCAGCACCGCUGCUGACCGUGUUGGAAACAAGGUCAAAGGCCAUCUUGCAUUUUACAUCCCCUUCUCCCGUGAACGUGAAGCUAAUAAGAAACCAUCGCAGGGAAACCAAAAGAGGCACUCAGUUCCUGUAUUGGCGGCCUUACUUGAUGUCUUUGACAAAACAUGAGACUACAAUACGUACUAACCCUUUUUUCUGAAUCUGCUGUUCCACUUAUGUGUCUUACAUUCAUUUGUAUUAUGUUAAGAAAUUUACUAAUUUACCACUCUACUCAGGCCUUACAAAUCCAUACCAAAUUAGCCUAAAGACAAAGGGUUUUAUAUGCAUUUCUAUUUUCAGCAUGUUUCUACCAAAGCUGUUAGAAGCAACAGGUACCUCUGAAUGCCUAAUUACAAGAAAAUGUUAAAAAUUUCAGAAAUUUACAGAGCCAUGAUUUUGGAACCUGUUUGAAAGAAAACAUCAACUGAAUCGUUGCAGGUCUACAUUUUUUGCCAAAGAUUCACCCUGAAAAUGCUUACGAUGAUAGGUAGCCUUAUUUUUUCCCUAUUAUAUUGUCUCGGCAAAUUACAAAUGAACUGUAUUUAAGAAAGUGUAUUUCUGCUCUUCAAUCACAUUGGUUGGGAGGAGAAUAUGGCAGAUCUAUUUUUUAAAAUAUUCUUUAUUCAGCCCUCCCUUCCCCAUUGUAUGUCCCUUCCCUCCUUUGAUUUCACACUUUCUCCCAUGCCCAGUAAUAACCUCAUCUAAAAGAAGGAUCUGGCCUUGGAACACAAAAAAGUAUUUUAAAGUUCUCAAAGGUUAAGCAAAAGUGCCCAUUUUUUCCACUUUCUUCCAGUGAAAGAGCUGCUCAGCUUGCCCCACUUGAGCUCUCAUUCUAUUUAAAUGACGUUUUCCAAGUACAGCUGGUACUAAAAUAUUGUUUCUCCCUAUUUCCUAUCUCAUUGUCCCAAAUGUGUAUGUAGGGGCUGGAUGCGUGAGUAUCAAGCUCUGCAUCUGUUUAUUCCCUCCUUCCAAAAUGAUGUGCUCCAUAGAACAGGGACUUUGGCCUUGGGAUGAUAAAAGCCCCGGGUAAGGAAUUAUGUGCCCUUUCUUUAUGACUCUGUCAAAUAUCCAGGGAUUCUUGUAUCACAGAGUGGGUUACUUCCUAGCUUUUAAUUAGAGACUAUAAAGGCUUCAAAUUAGUCAUAUUUGCUUAGAAUUACCCUGGAAACACCCAGAUAGGCACUUUAUUUUUUAUUUCAAUUGCAUAAGCCAAGUGCCUCUUUGCAGCAUGAAAUUACACAAUUUUAGUUUAAGAAUUUCCAGAGUCGUAUUCCUUCUCUUGGAAAAAUCCAAUCUUUCUAGUCUCUUCUGCUCCUGGAGGAAGCACAUUUAAAAAGUGUAUGGUGUGGAUCUUUUCUGUUAAGACCUCCCAUGACAACCCUUCAGUUUGUUGGGUUUUGUUUGUUUGUUUAGAUUUCAGAAAUGUGUUUUCCCUUCUUCUACAUUUCAAGUUCUGUUUCUCUUCUCCCUCAUCUAGUUGCUAAACAUUUUUUUAAACACACACACACACACAUACACCCUAAAAGAGAACGAGAGUUUUGUAAGUCAAAGCUUGACAUUUAGAGAAAACAAGGACUUUCUGCCUUUGUAAAUAGAAAUCAAUCGUGUAUCAACUAUAAUUCUGCAGAGGUUAUGAAUUCAUCCUUUACAAACAAUAGUGAACAUUUAGCCCCAUAAUAAAUGAAGUGUGUUAACCAA